GUGGAUGUGAGCGUCUAACAAACGCCCGGAGACCUCUGAAUAUUGCCAGAUAUUCCAAGCAUGUACGAGGAUGAUCAUCGAGGUGAAUGGGGCGCGGAGGCAGGAGACGGACGUCCGGAUUUCCGAAUGGUGGCCCCACAAUGUGCCACGCACAUAUCCCCAACGCGCCCCAUCAAAAAGGACAGUUUUCAUCCAGCGCGGCCCCUAUCCGUUGCGGCGAAGCCCUGGUACAAAACAGGAACCGCGCGAUUCGCUCCUUCUCUGUCCGCAUCCACCAUCUGCAAGGUCUCCCCGUCGUUGCUUUUUCCAUCUUUUUUCUCGACGAUAACGCGCGGCAGGACAUUCCAUACCCUCACGACGUCUCCGUAUUCUUUCGUUUACGAUGGCUUCCCAAAAUGAACAGUACAACACGAGCGAGUUGGAGGAGUACGUGGUGCCCGACGUGUCGGUGAAGGAGCUCCUCAGCAUGAUCCCGUCCCACUGCUUCGAGCGUUCGACCUUACGCUCGUCGCUGUACAUUGUCCAGGACCUUGCCAUCAUCGGUCUUUUGUACAAGGGCGCGACUGCCGCCGACGCCAGGCUGCUCGCCGGCACAGUCUCCAUCCCGGACACCCUGCGGGAUAUCCUCCCACCAGCCCUCUUCACGCAUGAGGCUGCCACUUACCUCCUCCCUGCCGCGCGCACGGCCGUCUGGGGCGCGUACGGCUACUUCACUGGCCUCUUUGCCACCGGUCUCUGGAUCAUCGCACACGAGGCUGGCCACCAGGCCUUCUCGUCCUCCCGCAUCGUCAACGACGUCGUCGGCUGGGUGCUUCACUCCGGCCUCGGUGUCCCCUAUCAGGCCUGGCGCAUCUCGCACGCCAAGCAUCAUGCUUCGACGUCCCACGUAACGCAGGAGCAGGUCUACGUGCCGCGCACGCGCGCGGAGUUGGGUCUUAAGCCCCUCGGUGCGCCUAUCGGCGACGAGGAGCCCUUGGACGGUGUCGCGCUCCGUGAGGAGACCCUCGGCUCUAAGGUUCGUAAGGCGGUCUCGAAGGAGCUCUGGGAGGCUAUUGGCGAUUCACCCAUCGGUGCUGUCUUCAUGCCCAUGUUUGGAUAUCUGUUCAUGGGCUGGUGGGCGUACACUCUAUGGAACGCCUCUGGACAGAGGAGGUACCCCACGGGCACGAACCACUUCAACCCAAAGUCAGUCAUCUUCUCGCCGAGCCAGUACGGUCAGAUCAUGCGCUCGAACGCUGGUAUCGCUAUCUGGCUUGCCAUCGUCGUCGCUUCCCUUCGCACCUACGGCUUCGCACAAGUCUUCCGCACCUACCUCGUGCCUUACCUCUGGGUCAACCACUGGCUUGUCCUCAUCACCUUCCUGCAGCACACCGACCCGCUCCUCCCCCACUACCGCGCCGGCGCCUUCACCUUCCCCCGCGGCGCGCUCUCGACCGUCGACCGCGACCUGCUCGGCGGCGCGGGCCGUCUCUGGGGCUGGCUCGGCGCGUGGGCGACGCACGGCAUCUCCGAGACGCACGUCGCGCACCACGUCGCGAGCCGCAUGCCGCACUACCACGCGUGGGAGGCGACGGACGCGAUCCGCGCGGGCAUGGCUGCGAAGGGCGUCGUGCUGAAGAAGGGCAACCCGGGCGGCUGGUCGGAGGUCCUCCGCGUGUGGCGCGAGUGCAAGUUCAUCGAGGACGUCGGCGACGUUGUCUUCUACAAGAACGCGCAGGGGCUCGCGGCGGCCCGGCCGGUGUACAAGGACGGCAGGGGCUGGGACUCGGAGGGCGCCGCGUCGGACUCGGGCAUCGAGCUUGAGGGGAACUAGACGACUAGAAUGCUUGGUGCGCGCUGCGCGCGCUCAUGAGCUUGUUACGGACCGGGGGGCAUCGCUUGUUACGGACGAGGGCCUUCGCUUGCUACCAACGGGGCACUCCCUCGGUGUGCACUCGCCGCCCGCGCGCGAGUGCUGCCGUCCUGUCUUUAUUCGCGGUCUUUACGAUGGGAUGGAUUGCGCAUAGAUGGAUGAUCUUGCUUACUUAGAUGGAUACGGUACCACCGAAUAAUUGGAUCUGGGUUUUCGCUUC